UGGUAGUAUUGUUUACGCGGGCUGUCAAAAUUCUGUUUUUGUUUUUGUGAUUUUCUAUCCGAAUCAAUUUGAAUUCGAUGGUUGAGUAAACUACCUAACUUGCAAUACGUUCAGCUCUCCCCAAUUGAUAACAGAAUGGAUUUCGACUGUGACGAUGACGCCGAAUUUAUGAAAGUGCUCGAUGAAAUGGACAAUCAAAAUGACACCGAUUCCAUUCCACUUGAGCCCGAGCCCCGCACCGAGCAUUUCGAAUGUUUACAAAAUGUUUUCGGUCACAGUGGAUUUCGGCCCAUGCAAUGGAAGGUCAUUCGGUCGAUAAUCGAAGAAAAACGGGACAAUUGCUGCAUCAUGGCAACGGGAUACGGAAAAUCGCUUUGCUUUCAAUUUCCACCGGUGUUUACGAACGGGAUAUCGUUGAUUGUGUCGCCGCUGAUUUCGCUAAUGCAGGACCAGGUGAAAUCGUUGAAUUUGGUGAACAUUCCGGCCUGUAUGCUCGGAUCGGCUCAAGCUAACAAGUCUAUUGAAGAUGAGAUCGUCAACGGUGACUAUCGCAUUGUCUAUUCGAGUCCGGAAUACCUAAGCGGCUGGGGAUCGGGGCUGGUUGGCAAACUAAAGGACAAAUUGACCUUGAUUGCUGUCGACGAGGCUCAUUGCAUCAGUUCCUGGGGACCAGACUUUCGGCCAAAGUUCUUGGAGCUGAAGAACAUUCGAAACGCCGCACCCAAUGUACCGAUUCUUGCUGUUACUGCAACAGCCACUGACCAAGUGCAAAAGGACAUUUGUUCCAUUCUGAAAUUGAGAAAUCCCCAAGUCAUUUCCACUGGUUUCGAUCGACCCAAUCUGGAGAUUUUGGUUCGACCGAAGACGAAAGACGCAUGGAAUGACAUUAAGUACAUAUUACGGUCAAAACUACUCGCCGAAGCUAGCUGUAUCAUUUAUUGCCUGACCCGAAAGUAUACCGACAGCAUCUGUGAUGAUUUGAAACGUGAAGGCAUCAAGUGCGGUGCAUAUCAUGCCGGUAAAACCAUGAAUCAACGGAAAGAGAUAUUCGAUAAAUUUGUCAAGGACGAAAUCAAUGUUAUCGUGGCAACUGUGGCUUUCGGCAUGGGCAUCGAUAAGUCCGACGUUCGAUGUGUCAUUCACUAUGGAACACCAGCUGAUAUGGACAGUUAUUAUCAAGAAAUCGGAAGAGCUGGUCGCGAUGGAGUUCAAUCGAAAUGCAUUCUGUUCCAUUCGCCUGGAGAUUUUGAAGUCCAUCGACAUUUGAGAAUGGUAUCUAAUCUGUCCGACGCGCAGGUACGCAGAGCCGAAGAUCGAGCCACAGUCAUGAAGGAUUUUAUUUAUACGAAACAAUGUCGCAGACUCAAAAUUCUCCAAUACUUUGACGGCCCGACCGCAACAUGUCCGAAAAUCCCUGUUUGCUGUGACAAUUGCCGUUUGGCGGCAACUUCAUCAAAUACUCAAAAUGUCUGCAUCAACGACAAAGAGAUUGACUUCUCAAAAGAUGCGAAAAUCCUGCUCAAUGCAAUAGAUCUGUUCGGUGGAAGCACUGGCAUAACUAAACCGAUCGCUGUUCUCCGCGGUUCGAAACUGAAAACCGUCGAACGAUAUCACAAUCACAAGUUAAUGGGCUCUGGUGUGCAUCAGUCCGAGCAUUAUUGGAAGAUAUUCGCCGAUCUGCUGGAACGUAACGGCUUACUGGAGAGACAACAUGCCAAACAUGGUACUUUUAAAUAUUCAACCACAAACCUGACUCGCCAAGCACGGGAUUGGUUAGUCAGUGGAAGACCUUUCGCAUGCGUUCCAUCCGAACAGUUGUUCCAAAUGAUGACAUCGGAGAAAAAUGCACCGAAUCCAUCGUCGACCAAACCGCUGUACGAUACACAAUUGGCAUCGAACGGAACACUGUCUGCCAAUCAAAUUACGAAAGUCGAAUACAAACCGAAAGGAAACGACGAAUUGAAAAGAAGUCUUCUGGUUGUACGGGCAAUGAUUGCUAGCCGAGAAGGAACUAUGCCGUACAAAAUUGCGUCAGAACCGGCAAUAGACCGGUUGGUGCAGAUACAGCCGCUCAACUUACAAGAGCUUCGUGACGCUAAAGUAGAUGGAUUUUCAGAUGCUCUGGUGAACCAGUUCGGUCCCGAAUUUUUGAAAUGCAUUCAACGCUCGAAGGGACUGCUUCCUCAGACCAGUAGUGAGAAUAUGGUCCAGCCAAAUACAUCGACCACAAAACCGUCCACAGUCAAUUCAUCAGAUCAACAUGAAUCUCCUGCACCCCAAUCCGCAAAUCAAUCGAUGUUUGACGAUGACGACGACCUGUUCUUGAAUAUAGAGAUUGAUGGCGAAAAAAUUGUCCAAAAUCCAAGUGCUACAAAGUCAGUGCCACAGACGAAAACAGCGCGAGUGACGACAACAUUUUCGAAACGAGUGAAAUACGAGAACAGCAGCAGCGAUGAAGACCCAACUUCGUCGGAAAGUAAACCAGUUGACUGUCCACAACGUGAUGCUCAUAAUCCUCCGAAACCGAUCGGAAUCAGAAAGCGAAAAAUUUUUUAGUGAUGUUCGUUGAAGACUGAUUGAAAUAUAAAAGGAACAUUUUCAUUUUACGCUGUU